AUGGGAGCAUGUUGUAAUACUCAAUAAACUAUUCAAAGUCUUAUGCCUAGUUUUGAAUUUUCAUUUUUAACUGUUUACACAAAAAAUGCUAUAAUAAUCUAGAGAGCAUAUAGAUGUAUUCUAAUACUUAUAAAAAUAGAGUAUUAAAAAAGAAAGAGAAGAUCGAUAGUACCUAUCUCAAUAACAAAUGAUAGUCAAAGAAGUCAUUAAGAACAUAUUGAAAAUACAAUAAUUCAUCCAUAACCUUCUUAAGAAGGUGUAAAAAUGGAAUAAAUAGAGGAAAUGGUUGCUACAGUGGAUCAUUCUCCUGUAAAUGGAUUAAAAUUAGAUAGAAAAUAAAGUGAUUAUCCUGCUAGUAUACAUUAAAUCAUUUUUCGGAUUGGAAAUUUUAAUUAUAAAGAGUUUUUAAAACAAGAGAGUUAAUAUUAUGAUGAAGAUGAUUUAAAUAUUCCCUUUUUAGAUCCAUAUUAAUUACAAGAUGAAUCUAUAUAUAUUGGAUAAUGGAAAUUAGGUAAAAGACAUGGUAAAGGAAGGGCAAUAUUUAAGGAUAAGAGUGUAUACGAAGGAUUUUGGAAAGAUGAUAAAAUGAAUGGUUAAGGAAGGCUUAUAUUCGAAAAUGGAGAUUAUUAUUAGGGGGAAUUCAAGGGAAACAUGGCAAAUGGGUAUGGAAAAUAAAUUACAUCCAAAGGAUACAUAUAUGAGGGAAACUGGAUUAAUGAUAAAUAAUAAGGGGAAGGCAUUGAGAGAUUUCCUGAUGGUACAAACUUUAAGGGAAGAUUUAUUGAUGGCAUUAAAACAGGAUUUGGUGAAUUUAAUUUCUCAGAUGGAUCCAAGUAUUAGUUCAGCUAAAACAAGGUAUAAAGGAUCUAUUGUUAAUAAUAAAUUUAAUGGAAAAGGAACAUUUUAUUUUUCUGAUGGCCGUAAAUAUGAUGGACAAUGGAAAGAAAACUUGAUGGAUGGAUAUGGAACAUUCACUUGGCCUGAUGGUCGAUCUUAUGAUGGAUAUGUAAUUUAUAAUAAUAAUAAUAAAAAGUAUAUUAAAGAUAAAAAGCAUGGUUUUGGUGAUUUUACAUAUUAAGAUGGAUCAAUGUAUAAAGGAAAUUGGGUGGAUGGAAAAGAACAUGGAUAAGGAACAUUUUACUCUAAGAGUGGUUUAUUUAGAGAAGGUGAAUGGGAAAAUGGAAAAAGAAUUAAAUGGACAUCACCUUACUAAACUUAAUGA